AAAAGACCAUCGGGGGUGAGAUAGGAAGCAGAGUCUCAUCCUUCGCUGCAGCCUCUUCCCACCCACUUCUCUCUCUAACAACCAACAAUGUCGACUACGAAUGUUACGAUCCGCCCUGGUGUCGUGAGCACCCUCGCGACCCCGGAGGGCACCAAGAAGCUGCAGGAGCUGCUCAUUCGCGAUGGCAAGGAGCACCACUGCUUCUUCAACGACCGCGGUUUCCACAACCACCUUCCCCAUCACCUGAUCGCCGCGUGCGAUAUGGGAGCCUCGCCGAAGCUUUUGGAGGAGAUCUACGAGCUCGAGGCGCGGGACCAGCGCCCCGUUGGUGAGCCCGGGCCUCCUUUGGACGAUGUCCGAUGGCCUUCUCGGCUCGGCGACCGAAGCGCUUAUGCUACGUACCUCGUGUUCUUCAAGGAGAAGAUCGCGAAAUACGGUGUCACCAAGACUCUGGAGGACUACUUGAUGUCGUCGGAGGCUAACUUCAACGGCGCGUCGAUGUUCGGGCGUCUCUUCGGCGGUGCGCUCCACCCUCUCAUCCACAUCGGAUUCGGUGUGGAACUCGGUCUCGACUCUUUGGUUGCUCAAGGUCUCGCCAUGUGUGCCGGAACGGAGGGCAACUUCUCUUCCGCCGUCGCCGAUCACUGGUCGACUGCGAUGCCCAGGGUUCCGGAAGUCCCUACCAAAGGUGUUACGCUCUUCACCAUCCUCCGCCAGGUGUACGAGUCACCGGACCUGUUGCCCACUCUCCCGUACGUCCCUAACGACGCUAUCGGCACCGGGUUCUACAAGAUCAGCGACUCCCCGAGACACACCCAUGCUCUGCGCAAUUUGUACUCCAAGUGGUCGAUCGACACGACCCUGGAGGGGGCCGCCUUUGACGCGGAGAUCAAGAAACGCGUGGAGGAGUCGUACUGGCAGGCAAUGCUGCUCACCGCCGGCGUUGGACGCACCGGCCACGGGCCCCGGCUCGACUUCUUCCUCAUGCACACUGUGACCAGCGCGAUUGUCCUGCCGCGCUUCCUCGACGCGCUGCCGCAGAAGCUGCACAAGGUCCAGCUGCUGCAGGGCUUUGCGCGUGCUUCCGCCGUGUGGGCUAUCGCUCGCGGACGCCCCCAUAUCAACCCCACGCUGCUCAUGUCGUAUCCCAAUCUCCCGGCCCCGGCCAGUCUCAAGACCAGCACCGCCGCGGACCCAUGGGCCCCGAUCAUUACCACUGCCCUGGACCACUACGACUCCCACGUCGUAAAGACGAUCCGUGGAUUGUAUUUCGGACACAUCCAUUACGGCAAUGUCCCCGCGGGCCAGGUGUUCGGUACGUACGACGAGAAUGGCAAAGAAACGCACCCGGGUCUCGCCAAGCUUGAUGGGACGUCUUGGAUCCGCGCCGCGGGUAUCACAUGCACAGCCCUCGGCUGGAUGGCGUUCGGCGAGGAGUCCGGGAAGUGGGAUCGCAGUGGUCUUGGCUGGGAUGCUGCCUGGGAGUAAAGUGCAGGCCGUAACUCAGCACGUAGGCUUGAUGAAAUAACGCUUGUACACGCCUGAUGAAAUUUCCAUUGUUAUGAUAUACGAACUAGCUGUCUGAGCAUUGGGUAUCAAUACGAGCUGGAUGUGCUCGAAGCUGA